AUGAAUCUUGAAUCAAACAACCUUUUUGCUGGCACAAGCAUCCCAUGGAAGGUACUUUUCUCCUCCAUUGCAUGGCAGAUCUGGAAGAGGCGAAAUGCAUGCAUAUUCUCGAAUUUGUUUAUCCAUAAUGACCAACUCCUCUGUCUUAGCAAAAAUUGGGCCCUUUAUAUCAUCGAAGCAAAUACCAUUACUCCAACAGAUUCUGUUGCUGCUCGACCAAAACUUGUGCAAUGGAAGCCAGCGCCCCCAGACUGGUCUACUCUUAACACGGAUGGAGCGGUUCAUAAAGUUUCCUCUUACGGAUCGGUGGGUGGCACCAUCCGGAAUACGAAUGGUGACUGGAUCAUUGGCUUUAAUAAACCGGUUGGAAUUUCAACGCCUCUUCAAGCCGAACUUUGGGGAAUUUUUGAAGGUCUUCAAUUGGCGAUCUCCCUUAAUAUCACACGCCUUCAAUGCCAAACCGACUGUGCCGAAGCUCUUAAUCUCGUAUCUUCGCCAAUGGCUAGUUGCAGCCCCAUCACCCUUGUUCGCUCUAUUGCAACUCUCAUCUCAAAGCAAUGGACGAUUGAAUUCAUCCUCAUUCAGCGUGAAGCCAAUGCUGCAGCAGAUUUCCUUGCUAAAUCUACUGUUACUACAAAUGAACAAGUUCAGACCUACAUAGAACCCCCCCAAGAGAUUAUAUCUAUUCUCCACCGUGACCUCUAUGGUCCUGCCUCCCUCCGCACUUAG